AUUUAACGCUUUGUUUUGCUUUAUGUACGAUCUAUUAGUUAAAGCUAUUUUACGAAUAUUUUUUAAAGUUUUAAUUGAAAAUGAGUGAUAAUGAGUGUGACAAUAACGACGGGCCACCUACGCCGAAAAAAAAAAGGUAAAAAGUAAACACAUAAAACAAAAGUACAGAAAGCAGUGGGAAAGUGAUGAAACGUUUAAGAAUUGGAUUGUCCCUGUCAGUGAUGACCCCUACAAGGCAAAAUGUACAGUGUGUGAUGUCAAACUUUCUUGCGAAAUUUCAACUUUAAAACGUCAUGUUUUAAACACUCAACACGUAAGAAGAGCAUCAGCGAGCUCUUCUGCAAAAGACGUUAGCACUUAUUUUCAGAAUCGACAAACCGAUCUAAAUAGGAAAGUAAUGGAAGCCGAAAUAAAACUUAGUGCAUUCGUCGCAGAGCACAACAUAUCAUUUAUGGCUAUGGAUCAUUUAUCAGAGUUGCUAAAAUCGUGUUUUCCAGACUCCAGAAUUGCUUCCGAGAUUGCCAUAAAACGAAAAAAAUGCACAUCUACGGUAAAAAAUGUUAUUGGUGAUUUCCAAAAAGAUUAUUUGGACAACAUUAUUAAAAAUAAUAAAUUCAGCGUACUGGUAGAUCAAUCAACGGAUAUUUCAGCCACAAAAACAAUGUGCAUUAUUAUCCGUUAUUUUGAUGACCAGCAAAAAAAGGUCAUGUCUUCACUAUGGGAACUGGCACCUUUAUUUGAGGCAGGCGAUUUUACGAUGGCAGCAGAGGGAGCUACAGCAGAAGCCAUGUAUGAUCUCAUUAUAUAGAAAUUUAGUGAUAGAGGGAUCCCAUUAGAAAAUAUUAUAGGAUUCGCGUCAGACGGCUGCAACGUUAUGAUGGGAUCACAAAAUUCAGUAGCCAGCCGUUUGCGAGAAAAUCUGCCAGGUAUAUUUAUUUUUAAAUGUAUAUGCCAUUCUAUGCAUUUGUGUGCCAGUGAGGCAUGCAAAAAAUUACCAAGACGAUGCGAAGAUUUGGCGCGAAACAUUGACGGUUUUUUCAAACUGAGUUCCAAACGCCAAGCCCAAUAUUUGGAAUUUCAAGUUUUUACUAACUCAAAAAUCCACAAGAUUUUACAUCCAUCGCAAACUCGGUGGCUUUCCCUGCUAUCAGUUGUGAACAGGUUGCUUGAACAGUGGAACAGCCUUAAAUUGUUUUUCACGCAGAAAUGGCUCGAAGAAAAAACUGUAGCUGCAGAAUUAAUUUACCGUGAGCUGCAUGACGAUUUUAUUAAGCUUUACUUAUUAUUUCUGCAGUGGAUAUUACCAAAAUUUAUUAAACUCAACGAGUACUUUCAAAGUGCAGACUCAAAAUUGGUAGAACUGGAUGAACACAUAAGAUUAAUGUACAAAGAAUUAUUAAUGUGUUAUAUGCAAAGGGAUUAUGUUCAACAAAAUGUGAUCAGCUCAAUCGCCCCAGAAGAUACGCGAUAUUUUCUCCCAGAAAUGUAUUUGGGGGUAAAAAUUAUGAUAGAAACGCAAAAACCAGAUAUAUCAACAAAAAAAGAAGAAUUAAAAGAGUUUUACUCUCGCUGCAGAGAUUUCCUCAUCACAGGCUGCAAAGAAAUUAAAAAAAGAUACGACUUCUCUGACGAUUUACUUCAACUUUUAAAAUAUUUAUCACCUGAAGAAGCAGCUAGUAAUCAAACAAGAAAUGUUUGUCCAUCCAUUUUACCGCUUAUGCAAAAGUUGCCACGAAUCGUCAAUAAUGCCGACGAUUUCCAAAAAAUUGAUGAUGAAUGGAGAAUACUACCAGUGGUAAAAUUACCAUUAUAUGAAAUUAGCUCACAGAAAACCGAUGAGUUUUGGAUUAAAAUCCGUGAUGGAACAGAACUAAAAACAUUAGCAUCUUUUGCUCUAAAUGUUUUAUGUCUGCCAUACUCGAACGCAGACUGCGAACGUAUCUUCAGUGAAGUAAAUAAUAUGAAAACGAGACUUCGAAAUAAAUUAAUAACUUCAACUAUUAAUGGAACUCUUCUAGCCAGACAAGCAAUCCGUAAUCACGGUAAUUGUACAAAUUUUCAAGUGCCAAGCGAAAUGAUUCGUAAAAUGAAAGAUAAAAAAAAGGAUGACCUAAAUGCGACAGAAUCAGAAGUACUGGAAACUAUUCAAAACCUAUAUGGUGAAGAAUAAAAUUAGUCCAACUGUAUUACACACUUAUUUAUUACGUAAACAACAUUUCAUGUUUUUUUUUUAAAUUUAACCUUCUAAAUAAAUAUUUGGUAUAAUACGGCAUUUUUCUUAGUUUUCCCUAAAAAUCCGGCAAUUUCGGAAUUAGAAUACGGCAAUCCUAAAUUUGUCAGGAACAACGCUGCUCCGCUUCGUGUUGUUUUGUGUUUUGAAUUUGUUUUAGUUAAUUCCUGCUAAAUGUUAUAAUGAUGUCGUCAAGAACUAGCCACACACACUUUACAAUAAUGGUAGAGUUAAUGGAAAAGUAAGUACUUAACUAUAUUGAGACAACAGUUUUGAUUGUAUUUUAGUCUAUAUGUUCAUUGUAUAUUGAUACUGAUUUAUUCUGUUAAAUAAUGAAUAUUGUUUGUUUCCAAGGAACGGUGAUUUAUCGAAACCACAGAACGGCGACAGUGGUGUAUUAUAAAGUGCAAGGAGCUAUGUGAUUUACUUAACAGCCAAGGAAUCGGAGUCUCGCAACGAAGAAAAGUGGCGAAAAGUAAGUGCUAGUCUUAUUUUUUUAAAACAUUCAAUAUCAAUCAAGAGCGCUUUAGAGAGAAUUUUGGGUUCAUUAUCGUUUUAUUUGGUUUGCUUAAGAUGUGGAGUGAUUUAAAAAGAUAGUGGGCAAAACCUUAUAGACAAUUAAAUUAAUAUGGAAAAAUAUGUCUCACAUACUUAGAGAAUAGGGUGCUUUAACAUAGAUAGAACUUUAGUAAGAAUCACUGUAAAAACUUUAAUUUUAACAUCUUAAUAUUAAUUAUUAACACAUACUCGUACUUUCUCUGUGAAAAUAUAUUAUUCAGAAGAUAUUACUUAAUGUAUAUGAAUAAUAACUUUAGAAUAUGACUAAUAUCUUAUUAUUUUACAGGUAAAAUAAUCUGCCGUAAUUAAUAAAACAGUAUUCUAUACUCGCAAAGCUACAAACAAAAAAUUUAAUAAUUGUAUCAUCUGAAAUUUCCGCUAUAGAUGAUGAGGACUGGAACACUCCUGGCGACAGCAAGGAUCCAGUACUUAUACCUCCAUCCAAUCCCAGAUUCCUAACAAUAACCAGAUCCUAAACACCUCCAAAAUCUACCACCGCCGAAAUCUCUAAUUGUCCUCCACAGGCAACCCACCCCACAACAAGCCAAAAAGAAACCACUUAGAUCAUUAGAAGAAUAUUUUUUGAGUGAGGAGAAUAUAAGGAAUGAUAAUAAGGAAAGUUAGGGAUUUGUAUAAUUAGAACGAGAGAGGAUACUACAGAGAACUUUGUCAACAUGAUACUGAGCUGAGGUGCAAGCUCAGUGUAAUAAUAUAUAAAUAAUAAUAAUUGUACAUGUUUUUAAUAAAAUGUCUCAUUGAAAUUUUUGAUGUACUUUUUUAUUUGAACUUAAUAUUAAUAUUGGCAAAAAUAGACUACACUUAAAAUCUAAAGUCUUAGU